AUGGAAGGAAAAGAGAUGAAAACUAUAUUUACUGAUCAGGCCAGCCAAAUUGCCAACGCAAUUAAACAGGUAUUCCCUAAUGCUCAUCAUCGUCUCUGCUUAUGGCAUAUUUUCCAAAAUGCUGCGAAACACUUAUCACAUAUUUUUGGCAUUCAUGAAUCAUUUUUAAGUGAUUUUAGAAAAUGUAUUUAUGAUUAUGAGACUGAAUAUGAGUUUCUAUCAAGCUGGGAACAACUGCUUGAAAAAUAUGAGUUAAAGGAUAACAAAUGGUUGAACAAGUUAUUCAAGUUACGUGAAAAAUGGGCACAAGUAUAUGGCAGAGAGCAUUUUUGCGCUGGUAUGACAACCACUCAAAGAAUUGAGAGCAUAAAUAAUUACUUCAAAAAAUAUUUCAAGAAGAAACAAAUUCUUCGAGAGUUUGUGGGUCAAUUUGAUAAAGCAGUUGCUGCUCGGCGCGAAAAAGCCAUAAAAGCAGAUUACAAAUCUAUGGCAACGAAGCCAAACUUGACGUCAGUAUGGGAAGUAGAAGAAAAAUCAUCUAAAAUAUAUACUAGUAAGAUUUUCAAUGAAUUCCAGAUGCAAGUUAAGAGGCUCAUUGACCUUGAAUUCAAACUUGAUAGUGAUGAUGGAACAACUAGCAUAUACAAAGUAUCAUCCUAUAUUGGAAAACGAGCACCUCGCACGGUACGUAUCACUUCCUCUACCCUUACAUUCCAGUGUAGCUGCAAAAAGUUUGAGUUCUUUGGCAUAUUAUGUGCGCAUAUUUUGAAAGUACUGCGUCAUUUGAAGAUUUCCGAUCUUCCAUCAGAAUACUACUUGAAAAGGUGGACGAAAGAUGCAUCAAAUAGUAUAGUUAUUGAUUCUCAAGGAAAUAGUUUAAUGGUUGAUUGUGAUCCAUCUUUGUCAGCACGUUAUAGUGAGUUGUCACACUUAGCGUUAUCUAUAGCUAAAACAGGUUGUAUAAAUGAGGAAGCAAGUAUAUUUGUAAAACAGGCGUUGUUGCGGGUUCUUGAAGAGACAAAAUCUCUUUCGACAGCCCAGCCUAAUAACGUCGGAGUUGAUCGCGAAAAGAAUUUGCUUGAAAUAAGCGAUGAAGAUGAAGAUCUUCCACAGGGGAACACAACACUAAAAGAUCCCAUUCGAAAGAAAACAAUAGGGGAGUCUUCUGCGAGACAUAAAGAUCUUAUGGAGGUGGGGAAAAGGGAAAAGAAUGGGAAAAAAGGAAAAAUGACUAAGAACAAAAAAUGA